UAUACUUAUCCGCCAUUCUGGGAGCGGAUAGCAAACAAAGAGGAGAUGGACAACAUAACUGCAAGCGAGCUGGCGGGUUUUGGAGUUGGAACUCUACUUCUCUGCGCCACCAUUGCUGCUCCAAAGGUCGAUGCUUUCAUCUCUGGCUCUCAGCGCAGUUCUUUGGGAAUGUGCAAGAGAUGUGGUAAUGUAAGGAGGAUAGCAUGCUCAACAUGUAGAGGAACUGGAUUGGUUAAGGAAGGUGGAGUAGCCGGUUUUAAUCUCAUUGAUGACUUGUAUCAAUCGCUAGGGGGUGAUGAAUCGAAAGUAAGAUCCAUUGCUUGCACCAAAUGUCAAGCUAAAGGUCAUUUUAGCUGCCCUGAUUGCUCUAAAACAUAACUUGUUUGAGUUUCUGUAUGUCAUGUGAAUCAAAGUUGUCUUCUGCCAGUUAUGCUCUAUUCAAAGUACGCGCUUUCUUCUCCUACAGUUACAUUACUUCUUUUGGUUGUAAGUAGUGAAAGUGAAAAACAAGUUUAUGAACCCAAUUUUAGACUGGAUAUAAACAAUGGUUGAUAAUUUCAUAUGUAUGCAUGGUAAAAUCUUUUUCUA